AACAACAUUAAAUCCUCGUUCUUCUCUGAACUAAGGAACCUUCACUUUCAGCCCGUGUGCGUUAAUAUUUAUUAAGUGGUUAAUCUACCGAUAGUUUCCGCGGUGCACAAGUUUGUUAGCGAAAGAAUCGAUUGCGUGAAACGGCGUAGCAUCAAACGCCAUCAACCUCAGCGCACUGGCAGCUUCGAUCUGUCAGUAUACAGCAGCGUAGUGGCGACGGCGGUAGCAUCAGUGCAGCAGGCGACUGCGAAGUUCGAGGAACAGGAAAUAACUCGUGCUCCAUCAUCACGGCCUCGGCAUCAAAACAUGUCGAUAAGCGAGUUUCUGAAAGACCUACCCUGCCACAACGAGGAAAACUUCUCAUUGUUCAAUACCGAAAAUGGCGUGAAAACCUCCUCGAAAAGACCCUCGGUCUACAUACCGACGUUGGAUAUUCCUUCCGAGCAAGUGAUAGUCACUGAGAAGAAAAAUAUUCUUCUGCGGUACCUACAGCAUCAGUGGGACAAAAAGAAUCCUUCAAAAAAGCGAGAACUUGAAAACGCCACCAACGACCUGCAUCGCAAACGACCCCGCCUUGACACACGCGACAAUAACAACACGUAGAUAUAGCAAGAAUGAAUUGCGGAAAGAAUCGCAUGUAAUUUGGAGCCACGGGCCGAGUUGCAUGCUCGUAGGAAAUGCGCGGAAACUAUAGCGAUUCAUAAAUCAAACAGAACAACUUGCCGACGCUAUUCAGGAAUAUUUCAAGAGUAUAAGUCCGAAAUGGAUUAUCAGGAGCCUCCAGCGACUGCGUCUGAACUAGAAGAUAGCUGGAUAACAUCAGAUUAUCGUGCGUUUAAAUAUUUUGCCUACAUCAAAUACGUAUAAAUUUAAAACAGUCAACAUCUCAGUCACUAGGAGUAGCUCGUCUCGCAUCAGAGCAUAAAAACCAAGCACAACGGCUAUCCUAUAGAAAACUUUUUCAACUCAACCAUGUUGGAGCUAGCAAACGUAUGAUUUAUCAGAUUCCAUAUGAACUAGUCCCCAAAUCCUUUUGUAAAAGCUUGCCUAGCGUAAAUGAAAACAAUUCAUCCUCUGUUUUUUAG